GAACAGACUGUAUUGACCAUAACCGUUUAAACUCCGACGAACACACACACACUCGCCGGAGAUAUGGAUUUCUCACCGUCAUCUCGCCGGAAUACCAAAAAACCGACAAAAUCAGACCUCUACUCAACGUUCGUAGUCCACAGUGACGACGACGAAGACGAAAACAACAACAAUCAACCCCAAAAAAACCCUAAAAACUCAGAUGCAGGAGAUAUUUACGCCACAAUGCUCUGUAAAGACGAUGACGAUCCAAACGACGAUGAAUCACUACCUGCGCUCCUCAAACACCUUCCGAAGGACUUCGGAGCCGCUGUAGAUUCCGACGACGACGGCGAAAGCAUCUCCGGCACGAUGAUUGUGAAAACUGACCGGAGAAGAGUUCAAUCGACGUAUCGGCGAGAUGAAGAGGAAGAUGAGGAUGAUGAAGAUGAUGACGGUGCUGGAUUUGGAACGUUUGUGGUGAGAUCGGAGGAGAGAGAAAGCGAGUCAGUGUCCGGGACGGUUGUGCGGCGGAGUAGUGGUGGUGGUGGAAUGUCGACAAUGAGUAGGGCGGUGGCGAGUAUGCAGGCGGUAGGUGAGGGAUUUGGGAGGAGGAAGGGGAGUGGUACAGGGAGUUCGGUGGAUGACGGAGGGUGUUCACGGCAGCAGACGAGUAAAAUGUCGUCCGGUUCGAUUGCGGAUAGUGUUACUAGAGAAGAUCCGUCUACUAAGUAUGAAUUGCUUCAUGAGCUUGGAAAAGGUUCUUAUGGGUCUGUUUACAAAGCUCGUGAUUUGCAAACUUCAGAAAUGGUUGCAAUCAAAGUGAUAUCAUUAUCUGAAGGGGAAGAAGGGUAUGAAGAAAUUCGUGGUGAAAUAGAGAUGUUGCAGCAAUGUAGCCAUCCUAAUGUUGUUCGUUAUCUAGGAAGCUAUCAGGGUGAGGAGUACCUCUGGAUUGUAAUGGAGUAUUGUGGUGGAGGAAGUGUUGCUGAUUUGAUGAAUGUUACCGAUGAGGCUUUAGAGGAGCCCCAAAUAGCAUAUAUAUGUAAAGAAGCAUUAAAGGGUUUAUCCUAUUUGCACUCAAUUUUCAAGGUGCAUCGCGAUAUUAAGGGUGGUAAUAUCUUGCUGACCGAACAAGGAGAGGUCAAGUUGGGUGAUUUUGGUGUUGCUGCACAGCUGACAAGGACGAUGUCCAAACGGAAUACGUUUAUUGGUACCCCCCACUGGAUGGCUCCAGAGGUUAUUCAGGAGAGCCGAUAUGAUGGAAAGGUAGAUGUGUGGGCGCUUGGGGUGUCUGCAAUUGAAAUGGCUGAGGGCCUUCCUCCAAGAUCAAAUGUGCAUCCAAUGAGGGUGUUGUUUAUGAUCUCCAUCGAACCAGCUCCAAUGCUUGAAGAUAAAGAGAAAUGGUCUCUUGUGUUCCAUGAUUUCAUUGCAAAAUGUCUUACAAAAGACCCUCGUAUACGCCCCACUGCAUCUGAGCUGCUAAAGCAUAAAUUCAUAGAAAAAUGCAAAAUCGGAGCUUCUGCAAUGGUACCUAAGCUUGAGAAGGCAAAACAAAAUAGGGCUGACAUGGCACGGGAAGCAGAAAACACUCCUCCAGAGACCGUACCAGGAUACGGGGCACUUGGAGCAAAAAAGAAUGAAGACUUUGGAGAUACUGUUCCAUCUAAGCCUCAUCAAGUGCCUAAUGGAGUACCUGUUGUGGGUGAUACAGUAAAAGCCGGUGGUCCGGAAGAGGCUGUAGAAGGUGAUUUUGGAAGUGUCGUAAUUCAUAAGACAGCUGUCAAAACACCGGUUCCAGCUGCGAAGGAUACUACAUCCUCAUCAGUACGUGGUCAAAGUUUAUCAACAGUUGACCCGGGAGAAGAUUCAGUUAGUCCAUGGUUGACCAAGAAAGUCGGCGCAUCUGCAGAUACAUUUCGUACUACUGAAUCACCAACUACUCAACAGACAGCACAAGCUAGUGGUGGCAACAGUGUCAUCAGUGGCACAACUAAGAAUGAAGGUGUUAAUCGCAAAGCAUUAGACAAGCUAUGGUCCAUAUAUGCAGCUGGCAACACAGUACCUAUUCCGUUUUUGAGGGCAACUGAUAUAUCUCCUAUCGCAUUGUUGUCUGAGAAUGUGCUUGGAAGUCAACAUGUGGAUAAUGUUGGAAAUGUAGCUGUAGAAGCAUUGCAAGAGCUUUUCACUAGCGACGCACAAUCUAAGAAGGGCCGAAGACAAAAUGAGCUGCCUCUUCCUCCAAGUGUAUAUGAAAGACUCACUUCAAGUCCAACAUUGAUGAAUCUUGCACAGGCUUUAUCAUAUCAUAAAAUGUGUUAUGAAGAGAUGCCACUGCAGGAAGUACAAGCAACUCAGGAACAACAAACCAUUCAGAACCUUUGCGAUACCCUUCGAACCAUAUUACGGUUAUAACAGAACAGGUAUGUGUAGUGUAUUUAUUUUAAAUGUUUUGCUUAACCCACCACUCUGUAGUAUUGUAUUGUAUUGUUGAUCCAUCUCAUUUGUGCUUAGUGCUUACAUAAGAAAGUUGUUUCUAGUCUUACGCAAGCUCUUCGGGCUUGGUUCUCCAAGUUGUCUAUUGUGCGUCUAGGACGAUUUGUUGUCACAUGUGUUGUAGAUUCGUUGUUUUGACCAAGGGUCUCGCGACUAACUAUUUGAGUUUUAGGUCCAAGCUUUAUGUCAUUACAAACUUUUUGCUUGCAGCGGAAUGUUAAGAUUUCA